AUUUGUAAUUCACCUCUUUUGCAACAUAGUUAUUGAAACGUUUUUCUGACAAAAUAAAAGAAUAUUUUAAGCCUUAAAUAAAAUCAGUAGUUGCAAGGCAUUUCUGAAAAAGAGUGGAAGUGAAGUGGUUAAUUGAAUAAACGUUUUUUCUGAAGAUAAAAAUUUGGAAUUACCACCGGAUAAAGAUGACCUUCCGGGCAGAAGGUGGAGGCUCAGGCUUUGAGGUUGGACUUAAAAUGCUCAUGUCCAUGCCGUCGACGAAAGAAAUCAAGACUGCCGUGAGCAAGAAAAUGGGCGGCGGAAAACGCAAAGUGGGCCAGCUGCUUGUUCGGGCCCAGGGCUUGUGGAACGUACGUGAGAAGAAGCUAGUAAGGAGAGGAUCCUCUAGACGGCGGCUACAGUCUUCCACCUCAACGGGAUCAGCAAGUAAGGCCCAGACAGGAACUAUGGACCAUGACAUUGACGAUCUGGAGAUGCAGGUUGUGAGGUACAAACCAGAGGGACUAGAUGUUCUCUGCAAAAAUACGAAGUUCUCCAAAAAAGAACUUCAGAUCAUGUACAGGGGAUUCAAGCAGGAGUGCCCGACGGGGAUUGUUAAUGAAGAAACGUUCAAGGAAAUAUAUGCUCAAUUCUUUCCACAAGGCGAUGCCAGCGCCUAUGCCCACUAUGUGUUCAAUACGUUUGACCAUGAUCGAAACGGGUCGAUAAGCUUUGAGGAGUUUAUCAUGGGUUUAUCGGUGUUAGCCAGGGGAAGUCUACCAGAACGACUACAGUGGGCUUUUAACCUGUAUGACGUUAAUGGGGAUGGCAUAAUUACCAAAGAUGAAAUGUCAGAGAUCAUUGGGGCGAUUUAUGAGAUGAUGGGCAGGUUUACACAGCCGGCUAUAGAUGAAUUGAGCGCCAAAGAACAUGUUGAACAGGUUUUCCAGAAAAUGGAUAUGAAUAAAGACGGGGUGAUAUCCUUCGAAGAGUUCAUGGACUCGUGUCGAAUGGAUGAAAAUAUCGUACGAGGGAUGUCUCUGUUCGAUACUGUUCUAUAGCGUCACUCACAUCAGUCAUUGUUACCUUAGAGACCACUCGUCAUCAACGGGGUUGAUUCCACGGUUGGACCUGUCAGUAUUGAAAAAGGACAGACUUUAGUCACAUCCAUUUGUACACACACAUUAGACAUGUUAUUGAACGUGUCAACAUACCAUUUGCGAAUGGAUUUGAUAUUACAAUGCGGUGUCAUAUUGAUGCAGUUCCUUUUUGAUUUGAUCUAUUCAUGAAUGGUUGUGAAAUUGCUUUUUUACCAUUUAGUGUAUACCCUCUUGUGAGAAUGACUGUACCAUAACUAAACCUAGCUCACUAACUCAUGUUUGUCGAUUAUUACAAUACUUUGUAUUGAUGUUAUUUUCACUUCAUUUAGCUUUGACCGAAAUCUAGAAAUGCACUACGUUUACAGAAAAGAAUGAAAAUUAUCGGAUGUACACGCAUAUUUAGACGACAGAAUGUUGCCAACUUUACGUAAAUGCAAAAUAGUAUAACAACUAGAUUGCAAUAUACAUUUAUUUAAUAACUAAUCAAUGCUCAUUUAUUUGAGGAAGCUUUUUUUCAGACACUUUCUUGCCAUACUUACUUCUGUGAUGUUACAAAUACUAAGUUGACAUUUUGUUGAUUUUUUUUUAACUUGUGUCACACACAAAAUAGGCUAUCUCGGACAUCAUGUCAUUGUUAUCGUUCGGUAAUUCUGUUUCCUUUUUGACAUGUGAAAUUUCUGUUCCUUACUUCUAUUCCAUAGAACACACGAUCACAAAAUGUUUUGAAAUUCAUAUCAGUAUCCACGUGACCGUGUUUAAAUAGGCCGUAUUGAUACACCUUAGAGUUAGCUUAAAGUAUUGAAUAUAAUAUAAACGAUUUUUUUUUUCAUUUUGGGAACGUUACAUUAUUUGACCAAUAUUUGGAAUGAAAUCCUACUACAAUGUUAACAUUAUAGAGUGCGUUUGUGAUGCUAUGGGCCCUAAAAACGUGAUUGAAAUGUUAAUGUUAGCUGAAAUAUUAUUAAUGUGUAUAAUGAAGGAAGUUGGUGGUUUGUAAAGCAAUACAAUAUGACAAACAUCUUUAUAUCUUAACAAAAUAGCUGUUUGUACUCAAAUACUGUUGAUAUGAGUGUUUACCUUCACCUGAUAUCUUUCUUUCAAAAUGUAACACCAUUAGCCAAAAAACAAAACUUGCAUCUAAAAACUGACGCCCGAUUGAAUGACUGGUAUGCUUGAUAGAUGAGUAGGCAAAACAGUCAGCCGUGUUUCAAACUAUCCUUGUUUGCUCUUUUAAACUCAUCCGAUUUGUAAACAUCACAAAUUUUAUUCCGCGAGUAUCAUAUUUUCUUCAGAAUUGCCUUUCCGUGUGCAUGUGUUGAGAUUCUUUAAAACCUGUUAAAUCACUCAUAUAAUGUGAUUCGAACACAGAGAACAACUCCAUUUAUGACCCCAUCUAUAACGCCAUCUAUUACUAAAUGUAUAACAAAUGCUGUUGUUUCCAUACGCUGAUACAGGUUGUGAGUUGUUAUUUUGUAGUGUAAGUAUCGGUAAGUGUUCUAGGAUCAGCAAUAGGAGCACAUCCGUUUGUUAUUAUACCACUAGGUUCAUUUAUAAAACGCAUAUCAAGUCUUGAAAAUUAAUGAUUUUACUUUGUUUUGAAGUAAUACACCAAACAUAAUUUUAUCAUACAUAAUGAAAUAUCAAUGAUAGACUUUUAUCUAAUUUGCUUCAAUACCGUUCUGUAGUUUAAACAAGAUGCAUGAACUUAAAAAUGUCGAUCAAUAUUUUAAAGAAAACUAAUUAUGUGCAAAUCUGUUUAAUAUAAGACAUUCCUUUUAUUCCAUUAAGGCUUAAUUUAACACUAUUCACUUAAUCGUAUAAACCAAAAUUAUCGUAUGAUCGCUUUAUCGCACAGUAUCUCCAAGUAGACAUGCUAUUCAUUUCCAACAUUUUCCUAGAAUGGACAACUAGUAGUAGAAAUCAAAGUUUCUAUUGAAUUUGUAAUGCUAUUCAUAUCAUACAGAAUCUUUAACGAUACUAAUAUGUUGUACGAUUUUCAAUGCGAUGGUACACAUGCUUGAGAAAAACAGGAGAGUAGUUUUAGUUUUUUUUAGGGAAUGCGACAUAUUACUUGUACGGGUACGUGUACGUGUGUACCUUUUGUGUGCAUUACGUCAUUAAGACAUGUGUACACGGUAAAAACAUGGAACUGCAUGUACAACAUCACGAUGAAAGGGAUUAAAGUGAUCAUAGCGCGACUAUAAUAACAAGAUGAAUUUCAAAUCGCCUUUUAAACUAACCUGCAACUUUACAUGCAUGUGUAUCUUCACGUACAAGUUAACGUUCAAGAUAAGGUUUCGCAUCUUCUCCAUUAUUUUCUUGAUAAUGUGUACUGUAUUUUAAUGUAUUUCAUUCUCACCAUUCCUUUAUGUAUAAAUUUAACUGAUUGUUGAUUGUUGAACAUGUUUUGUAUUUUCUCUUGUUGACCGUUUAUUUUCAAUUAUUGUUGAUCCUUAAAUUUGUACAAGAUAAAUUUGGUACUUAUUACAAUGUUAUUUGUAUAGUUUGAAACAUAUGCUCUGAUUAAGGGACGAUGAAUAAUAAACCAUUGUUAUCUUCCCUAUA